UUCCCCUUCCUUUGUGUGAAACGCGGUCACCGAAAUGCAAAUAGUAGUGCACCACGCACUUCCUUCCAGCUUCACAACACACCCUAUGCGCCAUCUCCACCACUCUCUAUUCUUUUUCUCCUCCAUCGCCGCCACCACCACCACCACCACCACCUUUUCCAACCAUAACAAAAUCAAAUCAUUCACCCCCUGUUCUGUUCCAUUCCUAUUAUAUAUAUGGAAUCCGGCAAAACAACCUUUGGAGCCGUGGUCCUGGGAACCUGUACCCGACCCUCCUGGGCCCUCAUCUUCCUCCUCUUCACCCUCGUCACCUUUCUCACCCUCCACCUUCCCGCCAGGCCCGUUUGGUUCCUCUCGGGCCUACAGCCCGGGCCCUAUCCAACAACUACCCCAACCUGCGCCGGCUUCUUCCGCGAUGUUCCGCCGAGGAAGGUCGUCUUGUCGAUCGAGGAUUUCGGCGGCGUCGGAGACGGGAAAACAUCCAAUACCGAAUCGUUUCGGAGGGCGAUUCGGUACAUGCAGCGCUUCCAGAACCGCGGUGGGGCCCAGCUUAAUAUCCCCACCGGAACUUGGCUCACCGGCAGUUUCAAUCUCACAAGCAAUUUCACGCUUUUUCUUCACCACGGUGCCGUUAUUCUCGCCUCUCAGGACCCAAAAGAAUGGCCAAUAAUUGAGCCAUUGCCAUCGUAUGGAAGAGGCAGAGAGAGGCUAGGAGGAAGACAUAUUAGCCUUAUACAUGGAAAUGGCAUUAGCAAUGUUGUCAUUACAGGACAAAAUGGGACAGUGGAUGGUCAAGGAAGGAUGUGGUGGGAACUUUGGUGGAACAGAACAUUGGAGCACACGAGAGGGCACCUCCUUGAGCUAAUCAGCUCGGAUAAUGUUCUUAUAUCGAACCUCACCUUUCGAAAUUCCCCUUUUUGGACCAUCCAUCCUGUUUACUGCAGCAAUGUUGUGGUCAAAGGGAUGACAAUCUUGGCUCCUCUUAAUGCCCCAAAUACUGAUGGCAUAGACCCAGACUCAAGUACCAAUGUAUGUAUUGAAGAUAACUACAUAGAAAGUGGGGAUGAUCUUGUAGCCAUUAAGAGUGGUUGGGAUCACUAUGGAAUAACCAUGGCCCAUCCUAGCACAAAUAUUAUAGUAAGAAGAAUAUCAGGCACUACCCCAACUUGUUCUGGAGUAGGCAUAGGUAGUGAAAUGUCUGGCGGAAUUUCAAAUAUCACAAUUGAGAAUUUGCACGUGUGGGAUUCUGCAGCUGGUGUUCGCAUAAAAUCUGACAAAGGCAGAGGAGGCUACAUAACAAAUGUUAGUAUUAGUGAUAUAAGAAUGGAGAGAGUGAAGAUACCCAUUAGGUUCAGUAGAGGUUCAAAUGACCACCCUGAUGAUGGGUGGGAUCCAAAAGCUGUUCCUAGAUUCAAAGACAUUUUAAUCAGUAAUGUGGUCAGUGUAAAUUCAACAAAAGCCCCGGUUUUGGAAGGUGUAGAGGGUUCAUCAUUUGAAGGCUUGUGCUUCAAAAACAUUACCCUACAUGGUGUAGCCUUAUCUGCGAGAUGGCGUUGUGAAUAUGUCUCUGGUUUUGCCACCGAGGUUUUCCCUGUUCCAUGUCCUGAGUUGCGGAACAAUAGCUAUUCAUCCUGGUGUUCAGCUUCCUGAUCUGCUAUAUGGAUCCUGGAUGGUUCAAAGUUCCAGCAAAGGAAAAAGCAGGCUUUUGCUCACAUUAUGAUUUGAUGAAGCAGUUUUCAGUGUUGCUUAAGUAUAUUAUUUUUGUGAGGCACAACAAAUUGAGCUGAAUUGAACUGGGUUUUGAAGCCUGAAUUAAGGUGACAAUUUCCUAUUUUGGGUGGCACGGGCAUAUAAUCUGAUGAGUAAGGUUUGUGAUUGGAACGUGCAGAGUAUUAUUUGAUUGAUAUUGUGCCCCCUCUCUCGCCACGGUUGGUGGCUAUAGAACAUGGAGUUUCAAUGCACAUUGGUUUGGUUAGCGGGGAAGCAAGUGAUUCUUUUGUUUUACUCAACGAGAUGGUUUUUUUAACAUUUUUUUGUUACUGUUGUAUAGGGCAGUUUAUUCUUGGUUGGAGAGCCCAAAGUUGAAUAUAGAGUGAACCAAUUCAUUGAACAAAACAAUUUUGAAUCAGAUCAGGUCUUUCAAUUUUUUUUUCUAAUACGGAAAUUUGCGAAAGUCAUUAAUUCACUA